AUGACGCCUGGGCCAUCGCCAAAUUCGAUCCUCUCCGUCCCAACUGCAUCGCCUUCAUCCUCAAAUAAGAGGGAUCGUUCCAAUACCGCAGACGAUCCCGCAGCCCACACGCAGGCAGACCGAACCCAGAAGCGCACCCGCGUUCGUCAAGCAUGCAAUCGUUGCAAAGCUCGCAAGAUCAAGUGCGGCGAUCUCAGACCCUGCAAGAACUGUACCAGCUUGGGUCUCGUCUGCAGAGACUGGCGUCCUGGCGAGGAACCCUACGACCAAUCCGCCUUUGCCCACCCAGCAGGUCCGUCUUCCUCAACAAUCUCCAACAACCCUGCCGAUCCAUGGCCCAGUCCAGACCGUCCCUUCCGAGCUCACGCUGCACCUUCAGUGCACAGUCACACCGACAGGCACCCUGACCGCACCCGCUCAUCCGCCGACGUUGAUGCCAGAGCAGAACGUUCCGGCUCAGAGAUCCCGUGGCCCAACACGCCGUACGAACGUUCAAACCACACUGUCGCAUGGCCUCCCAAGCCCGAUCCACGACGCCACAGAUACCUCGCCUAUCCCUACGAUUCCAUCUAUCGCAACGAGUUCGGUCACCUCAAAGCUCUUUCCCUCUCCUCGGGCCUCGGCACUCUUUCAUACUUGCACGAGUAUCACAAGCUCGCCAACGAGCAGUUUCUCGAUGCUCUCUGGCAGGUGCUCGAGGGCGACAACCAAGAUGGCGUCAACAUGCAACUCUUCGCGCUCGAAAAUGAAUCUCUUUCGCCCCAUUCCCAUGGCAGUCACAUGAGCUCCGGCCUCGGAGCGCCCACAGCAGCCUUCUCAGACUCUCUCGCAGCUGACUGGUCCCUCGGAAGCGCUCCUUCGCUCAACGUGCCCUUCACGUUUGAUGCAGCAGCUGGGCCCACACCAGAUCGAUUCCCUUCAAUGCAGAUUCCAACAAAACCCACCCUCUCCGUCGCCAGCACUUCGUCCGCCGAGACUUCACCGGCCAACGCUCCGCCACACGCGCACGACGCAAAUCAUAACCGUUCUCGAAGCUCUACCCACCCUUCCAUCCCCAGAAAUGACGGCUCUCUCACCACCUCGAACGACCAAAAUGCACCUGCCAAGACUUACCUCGACGCUGGACCGCCUCCCGAGGACCUUUGGGCAUUCAUGGGCACCAAAAUUCCACAGCAGCAUCGACGCUCCCUUCUGCACACUUUCCUCUCCACCACGUACGUCUUGUGGCCUACAUUUAUUCUGUCCGAGUUCCUCGCAACGCUCAAGGACGAAAACGAACGCCAAAAUCCCACUUUUGUCUGCCUCGUCAUCGCUUGCUGUGCCAUAGCCGCUCGUCAAGAAGCAGGCAGCGCAAAAGGCGGGCACGCAGCCGAAUGGGCUCGAAGCUUUGGCUUCUUUGAGCUUUACCUCGACAUCCGCCGACUCGCACCGCGCAACACCGAUUGGGCCAGCUUGAAUCACAUCCAGGCCCUUUUCUACCUAUCCCACCACUGCUUUGGCGCUUCCGGCCCAUUUGGUGUCACCAGAGCACACUACCUCAUGAACGGCUGCGUCUCGAAAUGCUUCGACGUCGGUCUCCAUCGAUCUGCCGAGACCUACACGGACGCGUUCACCCCUUCCGAAAUCGAGGCUCGUCGUCGCACUGUCUGGGCAGUCUACUGUGGCGACAAAAUAUCGGCUGCGUAUGGUCGUCCCGUCAUGCUUCGCCUCUCUGACAUGGACGUCCCCGAACUCGACGUCGACUCGGAUGAAUACACAGAGAGGCUGCCUGCAGCAACUUCGUUUGAUCGUGCCUGUACGCUGCGACCGUGGCACCGCGCUGCAAUUCGCCUCUUUUGCGUCCUCGAACGUGUCAUCGACAAAAUCAACCUUCCAGCUUGCAGUGCUUCAGCAGCCCUCGAACGCGUUAUGCGCAAGAAGCCCAAGCGACCCAGGCAAUCCGCCAAUCACGACGAGAGCUGCAUGGCUGAUCACGAGGCCAUCGGCUUCGAGGAAGAGCUCGAGCUCGUUGAUGACUUUCGCUUUGCAGAUACUCCCAAGCCAACGUCUGCACAUGAGGACGAUCCGAUGUAUCAAGCACACGUCGAACGACUUCGCACAACGGCCGCCUUUAUCAAGAUCUUCAUCUUUAGGCAUCUCUUCUUUUCUGCAAAUCUCAAUCUAGCUCGGCAGCCGCCAAGGAUCGACUAUCGCGACGAGAUGGUCAAGUGGUGCCGUGAGCUGCUGCUAUCGCAACGCAAGAUGAUACAGCGCGGGGAUUACACUGACUUUGGCUCGGUCAUGUCGUACCAGCUGAGCCAGACGGGUCGAGGCCUGAUCCCUGCCAUCUACAUCACAUCGCGGCUGAUGGACCCGACGCAGGAUCCCAACUCUAACACCAUCCUCAAAGAGGCACAGGAGCUCCUCGUUCUCGCCUACGAUCUGCUGCGCCAGCUGUCGGAUCGUUUCACUGCAUCGAACCGGCAGCUUCAGAUCAUGCAGUCGGCCUUCCGCCGACUCGACCUCAGCUUGAGGAAGAGGCACCACAAGGUCGGGGCAACGGGCGCACACGACCCUUCGUCGCACUCGCACGGCGCCGCAGAGCAUGGAAGCACGCGAGGCGGCGCGGCAGCCGGUUCGGCAGACAAGGAGAUGACCAGCGGUCUCGAUCUCAUCGCCGGUGUUGCUGGCGCCGAGCUUCUAGGCUCAGAAACGCUCGGAGAGUCCAACGCCAGCAACGAGGAGGAGGACGAAUUCGAGGACGAUCUCGACAGGGAUAAGAAGCCCGGAUGGAUUUCGGAUCUGCCCAUCAACCAGCCGGCGGAAAAGACGGCGACGUACCCGGCCAGUACCUUUGUCGGGUGGCCUCCUGCGCCUGCGCCUGGUGUGCCUCCUCGCGGCGACGAGUAA